CAUUAAUAUCAGUGGAGCUAAAAGACUUGAAAAAGCCCAUAGUUUUAUAGAUAUUUGUUUAUUUUCUGAACUUUAUUUUUUCUAACUGUCAAUUCUAUUUUUUUUUUUAAAGAUAAUUUUUUUUUUAAAUUCCAGAUCAAGCGGCUUUUGAGGCCGAUCUCCUCAGAUGCCUUCGCCAAUCACCAGUAGCAGCGGCGAUCAAAGUUUACCCCUCUUAUGGACGUAUUUCUGGGAAUGAAGUCUACAUGCAACAAACUUAUGAGCGUGAUGAGGUUACCCCACUCAAGCACUCCAUGUUGUUGGUUAAGUCUGGCCGUGACCAAUUUGGAACUCCCUAUUGGGAAUUCCAGGAUUCUUCCGGGGAAACCAAAGGGAGGGGUGGCUACGUCAGAAUAAGGAAGGGAGUUGGGUUGCUAACGGAGUUUGUAGAGAUGUUCUUAGUGGAAGAAGAACCACCAAAGAAGAAGAGAAAGGCGGUAUCUGUUGAUGCUUCACACAAGAGACCAAAGAAUGUUCACAACAGGCUGUCUCUAGGUCCGGGAAAACAUAGUAAAAGUCAUAAGCUGUCUCAAGGGAGAUCUAGGAGUAGUAGUACUAGUACUAGCAGGAAAGCUGGAAGCUCUGUCCGAACCAUCUCUCCGAAAUCACCUGUACCUAGUGCUAGUGCCUUUGAGAAUAUGGAUGCUUCCUAUUUGCAAACCAGUGGGUAUUUGCCUGCGGAUGCUACUGAAGAGCAGAUAUCUAUGGCUGCUGCAAGCAUGAUUCGUUCACACAGUAUGUCUGGUGACCUACAGCCUGAUCCUAUUGCCCCAAAGGAAGAGCUCUUCCCAGGAAACAUCAUUACUGUAACAGAGCUGAAUAAGAAGAAUCCACUCAAUUAUGCUCAGGUCUCAGUUCUAGCUGAUGACAUCCUCAAGAACCUUGAAUUUGAUGCUUUGCACAACAAGUUCCAUUCUAUUUUGUCACCAGAGAUUAUCGAAAAGGAAUCUGAAGUUGGAGGCAAACUCGGUGAGCUUGACUCAUGCGAGAUUGAAGCUGGUGAAACAAAGGGAGAGGUUCUGCAGAAUCUGGCUGAGUUCCUGUUCUCUUGUAUUAUCGAAAAGGAAUCUGAAGUUGGAGGCAAACUCGGUGAGCUUGACUCAUGCGAGAUUGAAGCUGGUGAAACAAAGGGAGAGGUUCUGCAGAAUCUGGCUGAGUUCCUGUUCUCUUGUAUUAUCGAAAAGGAAUCUGAAGUUGGAGGCAAACUCGGUGAGCUUGACUCAUGCGAGAUUGAAGCUGGUGAAACAAAGGGAGAGGUUCUGCAGAAUCUGGCUGAGUUCCUGUUCUCUUGUAUUAUCCCAAAGGAAUCUGAAGUUGGAGGCAAACUCGGUGAGCUUGACUCAUGCGAGAUUGAAGCUGGUGAAACAAAGGGAGAGGUUCUGCAGAAUCUGGCUGAGUUCCUGUUCUCUUGUAUUAUCCCAAAGGAAUCUGAAGUUGGAGGCAAACUCGGUGAGCUUGACUCAUGCGAGAUUGAAGCUGGUGAAACAAAGGGAGAGGUUCUGCAGAAUCUGGCUGAGUUCCUGUUCUCUUGUGUAAUGUUCAAUGCGGUGCUGGAGAAUGCUUGUAGUGAGAUGGGAGCUGGAAUGUCUGCAAUGGACAGGUCAAGCAGAAACGCAGGAGAAAUGCUUGACCGUCUUACCCUCGCUUACAACAGGACUCUUCACGCUUCUAUGCCUAUCGAGACUAUCUCUGGAGCUUAAAUAAGCUCAUCAUUGAGCGUGUUUUAUUUUGAACUCUACUGUCGAGAUCUUGUUCGUUGACUAAACUGUUUAUUGUCUGAACGCACCAAUGUACUCUGUUUCUAUCUCUCUUUCUAAGGAACAACAUGGCUUUUUCCACUUCA